UGCAUUCUAAUUAAAGACAUUAUCAUCUUCAUUCACAUUUUAGAUUCGACCACACAGUUUUCUUCUUUACAGCCCAUUAAACAAAUAAAUAAUAAUUAAUUUUAAACUUUGAUGCGUUAAUAAAUCUUUUUAAGUAAGUGUGGCUUAAUCUCCUUACCACGUUAAAAUGGUCUGUACUUGAUUUGCUCCACGCGCUUCCGUCACGUGAUUUAAAACUCAUGGCGGAGGAUCGAAGUAACGGCGCCGUCCACUCUGUCUUCAUGCCGUCGAAGCUGUCUUUACACAUUCCCCUCAGGCCACGUAGCUCGUUUCACUCUCUCUCGUUAUUAUAUUGCCCACACAUAUAAUGCUACCAGAAUCUGUACGUUACUAUAUGUGAGGAUAGUGUGUUAAAUGCAACAAUUAACUCAAAAUAAACUCUGCAAUUAAGUAACAUUAUCAAUAACUUAAUGCUAAUGAACAUGCAGCUGUUGGCAGCUGUUCUUCAAUCACAGGAUGAUAUUGCAUUGAACGCAAUACCAUGCUGAUUUUUUUUUUUUUUUUGUAACUUGGCUUAAUACCAUGCUGAUUUGGGAUAUUAUACACUACAUUUAAACUACUUUCUCCCUUCCUAAAAGAUUACCUUUCUUAUAAAAGAUUAUUAUGCAUAUUAAAAAUAUAAUAACUAUUUACAAUGAUUUUAUUAUUUAUUUUUACUAUAUAUUUUUCAAUAUACAUUUAAUCAAAUCAUAUGUAAAACUUCUUAAUAUCAAUCAAUGAAAGUACUUUAAAAAUCUAGAAAAUCUACAUUUGUGAAAAAAAGAAAAAAAAACUAUAAAUUAUAGUAACUUUUAACAAUUGAGAAAAUAUAUAAUAAGGAAUAAAAAAGAUCUACAUCAUAUGCUUAAAUUUUUAUUUGUUUCCUUUUAUAAUAAAAGUAUGGUUAUCCUUGGUAUGAAUCAUGCUAAAUAUACUCAAAACGCAUAUUAAGUGACGUCUGUAUGUCAUCAUAAUAUUCAGGCAUCUUGAGUUUCGAAACUGCUAUAACACAGAACACAAAUAGUAAUCUAAACAUAAAUAAAUAUUAUUUUGAUGACAGAAAAAAAAAACAUAAAUAAAGUGAAAGAUAAGCUUAAAGUAGUGACUCUUAAUUGGACAAAAAGAAAUCAAGAAAAAAAAUGUAUAAAGAAUGUCGUCUCCGAGUUUGAACCAAAACCCAUGCCAAAGUCACAUACACACACUUCAACUUACCCAUAACACAUACACACAUAAAUGAAUUUGUAUACUACUAUAUAAUAAGCUUCUUAUGAGCCAUUUGCUUAAAACAAUUCAAAACCUCUAAAGAUCAUUUCUCCAAACUCGCUAACCUCAUACCUACUGUUUUUUUUCAUUUCCUCUGUUACCAAUGGAUAUUAUUACUUGGACAAGAGGACCAAUCAUCGGUCGAGGCUCCACAGCCACCGUCUCAAUAGCAGUUUCAAACUCCGGUGAGAUGUUCGCCGUCAAAUCAGCCGAUUUCUCUUCUUCAGCGUUCUUGCAGAACGAGCAAUCGAUUUUGUCUACAUUGAGCUCUCCACACAUAGUCAAGUACAUAGGCUCUGAUGUAACACCGGAGAAGGAAGGAUUGGCUUACAAUCUCCUGAUGGAGUACGUUUCCGGCGGGAGUCUUCACGAUUUAAUCAAAAACUCCGGCGGGAAGUUGCCGGAGCCGGCGAUCAGAUCAUACACGCGUCAGAUUCUCAGGGGUCUGAGUUAUCUCCACGAGAGAGGGAUUGUUCACUGCGACUUGAAGAGCCAGAACGUGCUGGUCGAAGAAAACGGCGUCGUAUGUAAAAUCGCUGAUAUGGGUUGUGCUAAACCGGUUUUAAAGUCUGGAUUUUCCGGUACACCGGCGUUUAUGGCGCCAGAGGUUGCUCGCGGCGAAGAACAGAGGUUUCCAGCCGACGUGUGGGCGUUAGGGUGUACGGUGAUCGAGAUGAUGACCGGGGCAAGCCCUUGGCCGGAGCUAAACGACGUCGUUGCUGCAAUGUAUAAGAUUGGAUACUCCGGCGAGUCGCCGGAGAUUCCUGAGUGGAUAUCGGAGAAAGGUAAGGACUUUCUGAUGAGUUGUUUGGAGAAUGAUCCGAAACAGAGAUGGACGGUGGAAGGGUUGCUUAAACACCCUUUCCUCGACGAAGACGAAGACGUAGAAUCUCAUCUGCAGAGUUCGUCUUCUCCGAGCACUGUGUUGGAUCAACGGUUUUGGAACUCAUGCGAAGCUUCGGAAAGUCGCUCGCUUUCGAUGGAUCACGAAUACCCUUUUGCUGGUUACUCGGGUGCUUGGGAUUCACCGGCUGAUCGGAUCGAGCAACUCGCCGGAGAUGAGUUUUCAAGCGUUCCGGAUUGGGAUACGGUAGCUGACGGCGAGUGGAUUCAAGUGAGAGGCGACGUUCUUCAAGACGCGGUAUGCGUCGAGGAAACGUCGUCGUCUUCGCAAGAGAUUGAAGUAGUUGACGAAUGGAUAUCGGAUCAAGACAGCUUGUUCUCGGAAUAUUCUCUUGACGGCGUCAUUACCAGUUUUUACUAUAAUGUUUCUAUUCAAAGAAAUGUUAUUGUAUUUUAUUAUUAUCGUGUUGGAGAUCAAAAUGUACCAAUAAAGAAAAUGUUUCGUUAUACCAAUGAGAAUAAGAAAAACAUUUAUCCGUCAAAUUGCAAGCUCUUUCUAAUUCACCAACCAAUUACGAACAACCAUGUCCUAAUAAGUCAUAACAAAUAGUUUUUGAUUGCUCCAUGGAGAUAAAUAUAUAUGAUAUGCUUUUGAACGUUAAAGCUUGAACAUCUUUUAUCCGGUCAGGCUCAGCCAAACCUUUGAUAUCUAGAAGAUGCAAACAAAAUGGUUCUUUUUUUUUUGAUAAAAUACUUUGUCUUUUUGGGGGGUUAAAAUACUAUUUUCAAAGCUCGAAACAGAAGUCUUUGCGUUCUUCUUGGAUGUCAAGUAAAGAAGCAACUUUACAAUAUGAGAUUUGACUAGACAAAAGUAUUUGUCCAAAAAAAAAAGACUAGACAAAAGUCAAAUAUGUAAUUGGUCCAAAAUUUACCUGCAGACGAAGAUCAGAGAAGACCCCGUGUGUGAACACAGACGACUCUUUAGGGGUAUAUAAUCAAAGACAACGUAUGCUUACGACUAAGCCACUCGGUUUCACAAAAGAACCGACUGACAAAUCAUCCCAUACGGUCAAUUUCCACCAUUUAAUUUCUAGAAACACACAUACACCGACACCGACGAUUUCGCCGGUCUUGAUAGUUGAUAGUUCUACUAAUGUGUAAAAGAUCAUUUGAAUAUUCCUACUUUUACACCUACACCUAACAAAUACAUUUUGAUAUUUUAAGUCAAUGCCGUACAAUUUAUUAGGUAACGUCUCUAGAAAUUCGUUAAAACAUUAUAUUACCCGUACUUAUCCAAGUACAACGAUUUAAGAAUACCAUUUUAAAUAAAAUAAAAUUUGGUCGACAGAAACUCUUAUGAUCAGAAUAGAACAGUUACUUUUUAUCAUUCAUUAUCUAUCUAUUUUUUUAACAUUCAGAUUAUCUAAACUAUUGUUUUUUUGGUAAAAAUAUCUAAACUAUUGUUCUAAUAACAUAAUAAUAUUUCACACAGUUUCUUUCUUUGGGUUUUACUUCCACUAAUGUUGGAUAGAUCUCACUAAGUGCCAAGGUCCAGGAGCUGACUCGGCCCGAUCCUAAAACUGAGCCCAAGACAGGAGCGACGCGACGCGGCCCAGAAAAGAAAGCAAGACCCGCGCCGAAUGACAUCAUCACAUCGGGGUAAACG